AUGCGUGGUUUGAUAUCAUACAUAGCGGCUCUAGGCCCGCUAGCAACCCCUCUAAUCCAAGCCACAGCAACCAUCCCAUCCUAUGUCUACGACUACGCCCCUCUAGUCUGGCUACACAGCCAAGACGCAUAUCGACCAGGCGAUAUCCAAGCACAGCUAGACCAUACCACGCCCCAGGUCAACUGGACCGCCAUCCAGGGCGCACCAUCCCCAUUAACACUGAACAACCUCGACCAGCUUAAUAAUUUGGGAAAUACCAGUGUAUACUUGACUUCCCAUGAGGGCAUCGCGGCUGACCCUGAACCAGCUUGGUUCCGGGGUAUCACGCCCGAUGCACAGGGACGAAUUGGGGAUGCGACUGGGUGUGCGAUUAUUGUUGUUGAUCAUGGGAAGGGGAGUGUUGAUGCGUUUUACUUUUAUUUUUAUCCGUAUAACAAGGGUGAUAAGGUACUAGGUAUGGAGUUUGGUGAUCAUAUCGGUGAUUGGGAACACAACAUGAUUCGCUUCGCCAACGGCACCCCAGAAGCUAUAUGGUUCAGCCAACACGCCAGUGGCCAGGCCUUUACCUACAACGCCCUCGAAAAGAAAGGCAAACGACCCAUCGCCUACUCCGGAAAUGGGACACACGCCAACUACGCCGUCAAAGGCCAACAUGACCACACAAUCCCCGGCCUAAACCUCCCCACCGGCUUCCUCCUCGACUACACAGACCGCGGUAUCCUCUGGGAUCCAACGCUCAACGCCUACGCCUACGCCUACGAUCCCAGCACGGGCGUUUUCACUCCGUCGACCGCGGACGUCCCCGCCGCCUGGUUGGAGUUUAAUGGUCGAUGGGGCGAUGACCAACCACCAGGCGAACCGUCGAUUUUCGGGGAGGCCAAGUAUGUGGCUGGUCCGGAUGGGCCGAAGUUUAAGGGGUUGGAUCGGGUGUUGGUGUGUCCGUCGAAGCCUUGUGUUGUAUUGCCGUUUAGGAUUUUUGCGGAGUAG